AUGACCAACGGAACCUCUCAAGCAGCCAACGCACAGGGUGUACCUCCUACCCCCAGCAUGACCACGAAAGAUAUGUCUUUACGGGAAAAGCACGGCAAAGGCAAGCGCCUCUCGAGCUACACCUAUUUCAUACGGAGGGAACUUUUGAAAAUGACGCCAAACCGUUCGACUACGAAAAAGAACAAGGCUUUCGCGGACGACUCCGACGACGACUUCGAGACUCACACCAAGAAGCGCAAGCUCAACAUUAAGAAGGCCCUCAAGAUGUCCCCUGUCAAGGACGAAGAUGUCAAAGAUCCUGGUAUGCUUCCCCUUCAAUCAGGGCUCCACGACCUGGCAAUGGAACUGUUAAGAUGA